AUGUCGGCAGCUCGAGCAAAGCUCGCCGAGCUCAAAGCCCUUCGUGCCGCUGGCAAGAAGCGUCUCUCCACGUACGAAAUCGAAGACCAAGGAUCUAUAUACGACGAAGUCGACGAAGAAGGCUACAAAAAGGUUGUUCGAAAACGACUUGACGAGGACGAUUUUGUGGUUGACGACAAUGGCGAGGGAUAUGCGGACGAUGGACGCGAAGUCUGGAACGAGGACCGAGUAGAAUAUAGCGACAGCGAGGAAGAUGAUGAUCUCCCCGCCAGAGGAAAGGCAGCGAAGCGGAAGCGAGAAGAAGAGAAGCAGCGAAAGGAAAAGAUUGACAAUGGUAUCACAAAGUACUUCAACACGGGCAAUGCUUUAGCUGCACCAAAGCCAAAGCCUGUCGCGACUGCCGAAGAUGAAGCCUUCAUGGCAGACCUUCUAGGAGAUGUCGAUACCAAUAUCCUGCCCUCCCGAUUGCCGACCAAAAACAUUAUCAAGUCCGAGACACGCCGCAAAGUCCGUAUUCUAUCACCUCCGCUUUCAGAGAAGUCAAAACCCUCACAUCGUCGCAUGCGUGGCAAAGGCGAGGACACUCCUCUUCCGCCCAAGCAAGAAAUUGAUAUUCCUAACUAUGACGAUGACGGGACGUUGGCAUUGGGCGGUGAAGAUGAUGAAAAUGUCCCAAUGAGUGACGCUGCUCUUCCCUCAUCUCCCAUAUCAAAAGCCAUUGAAAGAAAGUCCUUCAAGAAUGACCAGGACGUUAUCAAAGAAGAAGACGAGGACGAAGAUAUGAUGGACGUGGCUCAAGCCACAGGCCAUCACGAUAGCAAAUCUUCUAGUGUCAAUAUGACCGGAAGCAAACCACCGCCAAAGAUCAAGAAACUCCCAUACCCUUCGCCAUUAAGCUCCUCGCCACCACGUGCACCCGCUGAAGUGGAGGCAACAUGGGACAAUGUGACAAGCAAGCUCAACGUUCUCAGCAGUCCCGCAACAGAAAAUGUUGGCUUCGGCAAAGUGCGAGCACAAGAUGUCAUUGAAGAAGACGGAACUAUUCAGUUCUUUUGGCUCGACUAUACCGAAAUCAACGGCAGUUUGUGUCUCUUUGGCAAGGUCAAAAACAAGAAGACUGGCUCSUAUGUCAGCUCCUUUGUCAAGGKCGACAACAUCCUUCGCAAACUCUUUUUCCUACCCCGUGAAACUCGUGUGAAGAAGGGGCAAGUUACCGAUGAAGAAGUCGACAUGGAGGAUGUCUAUGAGGAAGUUGAUGGUAUGAUGACAAAGCUCAAAGUUGGCAUGCACAAGAUCAAACCAUGCAGCCGCAAGUACGCAUUUGAGCUUCCAAAUAUCCCUAAAGAAGGUGACUACUUGAAGCUUCUUUACCCAUACGACAAACCCGCACUACCUAUGGACACCACUGGUGAGACAUUUUCGCACGUAUUCGGUACCAAUACAGCACUUUUCGAGCAAUUCGUCUUGUGGAAGCAUGUCAUGGGCCCUUGCUGGCUAAAGAUCGGUGAAGCAGACUUUUCAGCAGCUACCAACGCAUCUUGGUGCAAGUUUGAAUGUCAGGUCUCGAAACCUAAUACAAUUUCCACAAUCCCGGACUCAGAGCUAGAGACGCCUCCCUUGACUUUGAUGAGUUUGUCUUUCAGGACUCAGCUUAAUGUCAAGGAAAAUAAACAAGAGAUUCUAGUCGCGAGUGCUCGUAUCUACGAAAAUGUUUCCUUACCUGAAACCACGCCUCCUGAGAAAAUGCCUUGCAAAACGUUCACAGUCAUGCGUCCUUCGGGAACUUCCUAUCCUAUUGGCCUCGAAGCUGAAGUUAAGAAACAACGAGGUGUCUACAUGUUGGAAAAGAACGAACAAUUCCUUCUCAGCAAGUUCCUCGCUCUUUUCGAGCGAAUGGAUCCUGAUAUAAUUAUGGGUCAUCAGCUUCAAGAAGUUGAUCUUGGGAUUUUGUUGAACAGAUUGAAAGAGAAGAAAACCCCGGGUUGGUCCCGAGUCGGUCGAAUGAAGCGUACUGAAUGGCCAAAGAACUUCAACCGGGGAGGGGGGUUCUUUGCUGACAGGCAUCUUAUCGCUGGUCGAAUGAUGUGUGAUCUCGCUAACGAUAUGGGCAAGUCUCUCAUGGUCAAAUGUCAGUCGUGGACAUUAACCGAGAUGUGUCAGCUCUACUUGAGUGACGACCACAUUCGUAGCGAGCUUGAUAAUGAAGCUGCGCUAAAGACUUGGGCUACGACCAAAGAAGGCUUGAUGAAAUAUGUCACGCAUUGCGAGGCUGACACCUAUUUUAUCUCUGCACUGGUGAUCCGUUUACAAAUGCUUUCUCUGACCAAGGUCCUUACCAACUUGGCUGGUAACUCAUGGGCCAGAACCCUCACUGGAACUCGCGCUGAGCGUAACGAGUACAUCUUGCUUCAUGAAUUCCACCGCAACAAAUACAUCUGUCCAGACAAGUACUCGAACAGACAGCUCAAAGCCCUUGAAGAGAAGAUGGAUGACGAUGAUGACUCGACCGAUAAGAAAAAGAAGGAGAAGUAUAAGGGUGGUCUCGUCUUUGAACCAGAAAAAGGGCUUUACGACCGAUUUGUCCUCGUCAUGGACUUCAACAGUCUGUAUCCCAGUAUUAUUCAAGAGUUCAACAUUUGCUUCACAACGGUUGACCGAAGCUCAACUGCUGAGAAUGAGAAUGAAGAGCAAGUUCCAGAAGUACCCUCUUCUGACCAAGAUCAAGGCAUCCUGCCCCGACUCAUUGCCAACCUGGUUACACGGCGUCGAGAGGUUAAGAAGCUGAUGAAAGACAAGAGGGCGACAACUGAACAACUAGCAUUGUGGGAUACCAAGCAAAUGGCCUUGAAGCUAACAGCCAACUCAAUGUACGGUUGUUUGGGUUAUACACAAUCUCGCUUCUAUGCCCGCCCAUUGGCUAUGCUUACAACAUUCAAAGGUCGUGAGAUUCUUCGCAGCACUAAAGACCUUGCAGAGUCUAAACAGUUAAGAGUCAUUUAUGGAGAUACCGACUCCGUUAUGAUUAACACCAAUAUGGACACCAUCAGUGAUGCUCUCAAAGUCGGCGAGGAGUUCAAGACAUCCGUCAAUGAGCGCUACAAGCUUCUCGAAAUCGACAUUGACAAUGUCUUCCGCCGUCUGCUCCUUCAUGCUAAGAAGAAGUAUGCUGCUAUCAACAUGACCGAAGUUGAUGGUAAAUAUGUCGACAAGCUUGAAGUCAAGGGUCUUGAUAUGAAGCGCCGUGAAUACUGUGCUCUGUCUAAGGAGGUGUCGAAGAGACUUCUUGAUGAGAUUCUUUCAGGUGAAGACUCGGAAGUAGUGCUCAAUAAGGUGCACGAUUACCUACGGGACAUAAGCGCCCAGAUGAAGGAGUACAAAAUUCCGGUUCAGAAAUACGUUAUAUAUACAAAACUUUCGAAACGACCCGAGGAAUACCCGAACAAAGAGAGCAUGCCUCCUGCUCAAGUUGCUUUGCGCGAAAUUGCUCGAGGAAAGACAAUCCGACCCAACGAUGUCAUUGCGUACGUCGUGACGAAUGGUGACUCUGAGACUGCCAACCUCCCGCCUCCGAAGAGGUCGUACACACCUCAGGAUGUUAUGAAGCCAGACUCGGAGCUCAAGCCUGAUAUUGAAUAUUACCUGCUCAAGCAGAUCUUCCCGCCAAUUGAGCGUCUCUGCGCACCAAUUCCAGGCACAGACCCUGUCCGCAUUGCGGAAUGUCUAGGAUUGGACGUUAGAAAGUAUCAGAUUAAUACUUCUCGAUCCAAUGCCCAACAAGAUGCUGAAAUAUACCCCUUGGAGUCACAAAUACCCGAUGCUGUACGCUUUGAACAUGCUGCUCGUCUAAGUCUCCGAUGCCGACACUGCGGCGAGUCCUCUGUCUUUGAAGGUUUGAGCUCAUCACCCAAUAUGUGCUCUCCACAUGGUGUGGUAUGCCCAAAUGAAGCCUGCGCCAAUGUCUUCUCAACAAUCUCUAUAGUCGCACAGGUGGAAAGCCAGAUUCUUGCCCAAACAGCAAAAUACUAUGAAGGCUGGCUUGUAUGCGACGAUUCUUCUUGCGGCAAUCGCACGCGACAAAUGAGUGUAUACGGUCACCGCUGUCUGGGUCCACGAGGGCGUGCAGAGGGUUGUCUGGGCCGUAUGAACUACGAAUAUACUGAAAAGCAAAUGUACAAUCAACUACUUUAUUUUGCCGGUCUUUGGGACGUCGACAAGGCCAAGUCAGUUGCUGCCAAAGAAGCCGGUGAUGCCAAAGAUAAUAUUCACGCUAUGGCUGAGUACAAUAGGGCAAGGUUUGCUACAGUCAAGGGAGUAGUCGAUGCAUAUUUGAAGAAAUGUGGUCGGCAAUGGGUUGAGAUGGAUUCGCUGUUUAAAUUCAUGUUGGCUUAG